AAUUCAGAAUUGGGGUUUAGAGAGAAAAAAUACCGAGCUUUAGAGAGAGAGAGAGAGGAGUUAUGGAUAGUAGAGGAGGUUGUUGUAUAGCGAGAUAUGCCGCCGGAGGAGGUGGUGGUUACGGUUAUGAUAUGUCUAAGGUUGGCCGGAUAAUGCUCCGAUUCCGGCCAAUCGCUCCAAAACCUGUCACCGGCGAACCAGGUUCCGGAGCCGGUGGUGAAAAGGUUGAGAAGAGUGAAAGCCAGGCUCGAGGUGGUAGAGGGAAGAGAAGGUUAGUAAGAGAGAAUAAUAAUAGCAACAGUGCUACCAGGCGGUGCAAUAGCAAGAAGAGAAAAGCUUGUUCGCCUGAGUCUUCCGACGAUAAACGACGUUUUUUGGUUCCAGAAGAGAAGGUUGUGACUCUCCCUCUCUUACCGGAGACUCCCGAACCUAAAGAUGCCCCGGCAAGGCUUUCUCCCGAGACGAGAGACACACCAAAGUGGCUGAGCUUCGAGAAUAACGCCGAAAACAAUAAUAACAGCCAAAGAUAUCACGAUAAUGUGUACGGCGAUGGUCGUUUGUCGGUGGAGACUGCGGAUCCGAUGGUGAAGAUGUUGUCGCGGCCGGUGAAGCUGGUGGGGUCGAGCGUGACCGUUGAAUGCGUGACGGACACGUGGAUGGACGGGAUUAACAAGUUCGGUUUGGGAUGUACGGACGACGAGAGGAAGAUGAAUCUGGAGAAGGACACGUGCCCGGGGUUUGUUUCGGACAUUUACGGAAGGGUGACGUGGACUAACGGGGCCUACAAGAAAUUGGUGGGCCAGGGGUGCGAGGACGAUCAUGGUUAUAAUCCAAGUAGCGGUGGUGGUGAUGAUCAGAUGAUGAUGAUGGUGUGGUUGGUGAUGAAGGAAAGGCUGCCGGUGACGGUGCUAACGUGCCCGGCGUUCACAUGCAGAGUGAGACUACAAUGCUACACCAAUGGGAAUAAAGAGAUCAAGAGCUCGCUCACGCUGCCUUGUGAUGUUUGGAGAAUGGAGUGCGGUGGUUUUGCAUGGCGAUUAGACGUUAACGCUGCCCUCUGCUUGGGUCGGUAAUGUUAUGAAAAUCACAUCACAUACAAAGAUGAUAUAUCUCUAAAUCUUAGCUAACUCUUCUAUUUUAUGUUAUUUUUCGAAAAGAAAGAAAAAAAAUGUGAAUAUUUUUGUGAUCGAUCGAGCAACACCACCUACCGACCCGUCAUCAGUGUUUAAUUUUCAGUAGUACUGUAGAUCCACGUUGUGGUUGUACUCUCAAAUAUUCAUCCCACAUCAGAGUGUGGGGGCUGGUUUGUGUUAUUAUAAUUAAUGUAUACUAGCAAGCAAUGAUGAUGAUGAUGAGAGAGAGAGAGUAGAGAACUGAUUUAGACUUUUCUUUUUUGUUAUGUUGGUUUGGUCAUAUGAUACGACGUCGUUGGCGAGAUCAAUCUAAUGUAAGUACUGCGUUUUGUUAUUAGUAUAAUAUAUCAAAAGUUUUUGUACAA